AUGGCUAGGCUUAUUCUCUCCCAUGUUUUGAUUAUUGUUUUAGCAUUAGCAGCUAUAACGAUGGUUGUGCAAGUGAGUGCUCAAAAACGAUGCGACCAAGUUUUAGCUAAGACUGGGUGUACACUUGCUACAUGUCGUGAGCAAUGUUUCAAAGCUCGCAAUGGAAACGGUGUGUGCAUUGGAUCAACUGGUUCAAGUUAUUCAUGUCAUUGUAUUUAUAAUUGUUGA